GGAAGGGGGGGAUGCGUUCAAUAUCAGUUAGGGCAGAUGUUGACGAGGAUAAGCAGAGGGGGAGGGGGUUUCUAUCAGGAGAGGUUCAGUUGUCGCCGGGGUUGACAGGAGUGCAUUUAGACCACUUCCUUUUUCAAACAAUUUGGAACAUGUCACAGGCCAUGCUGCGCUUUUACUUCAUCUAGACUGAGAAUGAGAAGACGGCUGUUGAUUUUGAUGUUGGUUAUGCUUCUGAUGAUCAUCAUUUAUUUUGUAUCAGAGUGUCAAGACAACCAUUGCCUAGUAAAUGUUUUCCCACAGCACAUUCGAGGCAACAUUUUCCCAGAACAUUUGGAUGGUUACCAUACUCCCUUCACCACAGAUACUUUGUCACAAUCUCCAGAUAUUAUUUGUAGUGGAACCAGCCUCAGGACCUUUGCACCAGCCAACGACUCCCUAAUAAGUAAAGCAGAAUGGGAAUCUCUGGUCACAGAUCUACAAUGGCCAUUUCCCCCUGUUGACCUCCUAUCACCACAGGAGGCAACAAACCCGACUAAAUGCUCAUUCUCUGUUGUCAACUCCAGUUCAAGCCACACAGUCGGAGAGUUUGUAGAUGUGAUUCUGACCGCUAGAGAUUCCAAAAACAGGCCCAAAACCUAUGGAGGGGACUUUUUUCAGGCCAAGUUGUAUAACACAGAACUUAAGGCCAGUACUUAUGGAGCCGUGACGGACCACUUCAAUGGCACCUACACUGUCCGCCUGGCCCUUCUCUGGCCUGGACCGGCAAAGGUGUCCAUCCGUUUAGUGCACUCCAGCGAGGCUGUACAGGUACUGUGCCGACAUAGGGAGCAGGAACCAGACAAAGUCUACUUCCUGGGACACUUUGAGGAGGGUGUCAAGCAGGAAACAGCUAUUUGCAAUGCCCAGAGAAGUUCCAGGCUGCUGGGGGACGGCACUCAGUGCUGCUGUGAAUACAAUGAGCCGGUCACUGGAGAGGAAUGGUUCUGUCAGCAACCAUCGUCCCUGCCCUGCCAUGCUUUGACCUACCACAGCAUGGGUGGUUACCAGGCUGCACUCUCCCAGUUGGAGACAACUCUUCUGCAGAGCAAAGACAUUGUUCUGCAAGGUGAUGAAUCAGUUAUCUAUGUCAAACCAGGCAACAAAACACGAUCACAAACAAAAUGCCGUCCUGGUUUGCACACCUCAGUCCCAUCUGGAUUCUACCUCCAGGAUCACUGGACAUCCCUGGUGUGUGAUUCAAAGACGUUUCCAUCGGCCCAGCUGGUGUCAGGAUGCCUGAAGAACAAACAGAUCCUCAUGAUGGGUGACUCCACCCUCCGUCAGUGGUUCGAGUAUCUGGAGAACACUGUGCCAACACUGAAACGCCUGAACCUCUACACCUCAAGCCAAUCGGGCCCUUUUGAGGCGGUUGACCUCCAAUCCAACACUCGUAUCAUCUGGCGGGCCCAUGGGAUACCAAUUCGGACGAGCAAGACCCCCAAGGCUGACCUCCACUACAUUGCCAGGGAGGUGGAGGAUCUGGCAGGAGGGCCACACUCUGUGGUGGUCUUCACCCUCUGGGCUCAUUUCACCACGUACCCCUUGGCCAGCUACGCUCACCGCCUAGCCAUCAUCCGUCGGGCUGUGUCCUCGCUGCUGCAACGCUCUCCCUCCACCCUGGUCAUCAUCAAGUCCGCCAACACAGGCUACAAGGACGUGUACGGCAGCGACUGGCUCUCCUGGCAGCUUGACCUGACCCUCAGGACGAUGUUCAGGGACCUGCCCGUGGUCCUCAUUGACGUUUGGCAGAUGACCUCCUGCCACUAUUCCCCAGAUAAUAUUCACCCGCCACCUGUGGUGAUCCAAAAUGAAGUUGACCUCUUCCUAUCUUUUGUCUGCCCAGAAUGAAAACUCUCAGUGAAAAGAUAAAUGUUUAGAACACCGAAGGUAUGCUUUGGUGUUCCUCAAGGCUCGGUUCUGGGCCCAUUAUUGUUCUCACUAUAUAUGCUCCCUCU